AUGUCUUCGGCGUCGCUCGAGCAGGUGUUGGUAGCGGAUGCUAAUCUGUCUAUGCAGACAGGAUACGCGGCAGUUGCGAUGCUGUCUCUGGUGACAUACGAUUACCGUAGGGAACCAUCUUUCAGGGAACGUUCAGUGCUUCGUUUUGAUCUCGAGAUUCUCGGAAAUCGAACUGUUUUGAUAGAGCAAGAAAAUGACAUUUACUACCGGAGCGUACAUGCUUUGACCAAGAUGUUUCUUAGGCGCUUUCCUUUGUUUUCGACGACUCAAAUAGCCUGUAUCAUUAUCAACAUCAUCUUACAAGGCAUGUUGUCUGUGCGCAUCUACGUGCUUUUUGGGAGGUCGGCUGCAGUUCUACUCGCUCUUGGAUCCUGUUUCGUUAUUGCGCAACUGUUGAAGAUCGGGUUCAAUAGCUGGUUUCUCUCAUCGGGACCGACUUCACUAUACGAGUUUGGCUUCCUUAGCAUCAAUUUCUGCGUUCAAGACGUGCCGGUGAACCGCGUCUGGACCUACCUAGCAGAUGGAACUACGAUGCUCGUGUUUGAGAUCAUAUUAUGUGCAUUUGCGCUGCGAUAUGCAUUCAAGAGCCUCGAAGAUCCGUUCUGGAAAUCUCCAACGCGCUCGGUGGUGAGCCUCGGCUCGGUAAUUGUGCGGGAUAACUUGGUGUACUUCUUUAUUGCUUUAGUCAAUACAGUUCUUAUCGCGGUCUACGACUCACCUAACGUAGUGAUUUCGGUCGCCUACAGCUGCAUUAGCCUGAUCUGCCUAACCAUCCUAUGGGCCCUCGUCGGACCAUGGAUGAUUAUCAGCCUGCGCAAAAGUUAUAACAGAGACAUUGAGGAAGUGACUCCGAACGAACAUGAGCUCACUACUGUGGCGUUCGUCACCCCGGCCACACCCGUGGAAAGCUAUGUAGAGGUUUAA